CCCUCCCUCAUUCCUCCUCCGGGUGGAAAUUCAUCCUUCAGGCUGAGCAGCGGACAUUUGUGUGGAGCAGCUCGGGCGGACGGGACGUGUUCAGUCAGCAGCAGCAGCCUCUCAGCCCGGUUCGUGGUUCCGUUCCCGGCUGGACCGAGCUGUGGUUCAUUACAACACACAGCGACGUGAUUUAUUUCCUCUUCAGCUCCGAACCGACAGUUCAGUCUGCGGUUCCUGUGGGUUUGUCCCGGUGUGUUCUGCUCUGCUGGGGGAUUUGUCCGCUGGUUCGUCUCAAGUCUUCCGCUCGGUGCCGUUUUUUAUAUUUUCCACCGUGAAGCAGCUUCAGCCUCCGAACUUCAGACAGUCCGCCGCAGCCAGGGAGCGAACCGGACCCGACACCGAGCCGCGACACUAUAUCUGUCCGCUCGAGUCUGCGGGGAAACGGAAGGAGGAGAAACCGAAGCUCCGCUGUCACCGCCAGCCCGGAGCCUCCACCACCGGAGCCUCCACCACCGGAGCCUCCGACACCGGAGCCUCCGACACCGGAGCCUCCACCACCGGAGCCUCCACCACCGGAGCCUCCGACACCGGAGCCUCCACCACCGGAGCCAGCGGAGGGAGAGGACGAUUAAGGCUGAACAAAACGGGCAGGAUAUAAACGUGCAGGAGAUUCUGACGAUCUCAAAGGUGCUCGGCACAAUGGGACUCCUAAACCUCUGAGGGCCGAGCACAAAGGACAGAGGGGAAGAGCAAGAAUAAAGCCGAGGGAGGAGGGAAAGGAGGACAAAAGAGGAGGAGGAGGAGGAGGAGGACCAGAAGAAGGAGAGAAGAUUCUCGCCCGGCGCCAGGCGAGCAGCAGAGCUUUCGGCUGAAGAGUGGGCGGAGAAGGAGAAGGAGGGAGGGAGAUUUGAAAGGACGGAUUUGCUCUAUCUGUCGGGGGUGCAUGCUCCCCCCUGAGUCCCCCCCUCCCACUUGGACAUCCUCCUUUUUAUUUUACUUUCUGUGUCAGUGACAAAAGGCAAAGAAUGCGCAAUAAACUAAGUUUGGGAAGCCUCGGGGCGAGCAGGGGCCUCGAUGUCAGACUACCCAGGACUAGAGCCUUGCUGCUGGGCUUGCUUCUCGCCGUAGCGGGCUGGCUGCCUCCGCCCGUCUGUGCCGAGGUGGAGAUCGACGUGCUGGGCGAGAUGGUGUUAAUGGAGGCCGGCGGGGAAGGCAGAGGAAGCGAGCUGGAGGCCUCCAUGCACUCCUCGUUCCUUCAGGACUUCCAGGAAGUGACAGGAAGUAUCCGGGCGAUGGAUGCUGUCGCCAUAGAGACCGCUGAGUCUGCGGCGACUCAGCAGAACGCGGCUGCACCCACUGCCUUCCCAGACUCCUCGGCGGUGGUGGGGCGGAUCUUCCAGAUGAAGGUGCCAAACAAGAUGGAGGACGUUUACCUGGGUGAUAUUGUCAAGAUCUCAGAGAUGGGUAAGGAGUCCCUCCCCGCCUGGCUGCACUGGGAUGCCAGCAGCAGAAUCCUGCAGGGUCUCCCUCUGGAGGAGGACAAAGGUGUCCAUUACAUCUCCGUAUCCAUCUCCAACCACACAAAAUCCUCCUCUUCGUCAGAGGUGUUCUCCAUUGAGGUACACCCUGAAGAUUAUACCGACGUAGAUUCAGCCCAGCUGGUCUCCAACCAAGCUACUACCCAAGACGACAUCCAGCCAUUCAUGUGUGGCAACGAGGAACCGGUCACAGUGCUGACGGUGAUCCUGGACGCUGAUUUGACCAAGAUGAGCUCGGAACAGAGGGUGGAGCUUCUGGAUAACAUGAGGAGCUUCUCUGGGGUGGGGAUCCAGCACAUGAAGAUACUUCCUGUGGUCAACAACAGGCUGUUCGACAUGUCAGCAUUCAUGGCUGGCCCGGGAAAUGCAAAAAAGGUGGUGGAGAAUGGAGUUCUGUUGUCCUGGAAGCUCGGCUGCUCACUGGACCAGAGCACAGUCCCAAAUAUCAACAGCGUCCAGGGUCCUGCGAAGGAAGGCACAAUGUCGGCCAAGUUGGGCUACCCUGUGGUGGGAUGGCACAUUGCCAAUAAGAAACCCCAUGUCCCUAAGAGGGUGAGGCGGCAAUUAAACAACACUCCGACGCCUGUCCUGGCGGUGCUUCCUCCAACAACUGUAGUGGAGCCUCCAGUGAGGAUAAUCCCAACCCUCUCCUCCCCGUCUAUUGCUGCACCAACCGAGAGCUCUGCCCCACCGGUAAGAGGCCCUGUUCCACUGCCAGGCAAGCCUACUAUCAGGUUCCGUGACACUAUCGCCCACACCCCAACCCAAGGACCCCCUCAACCAACAAGUGUAUUGGAGACCACCAGCACCAUUUCUAUUCAGCCAACCAUGACCAGGCCGACUUAUGUGGAGGCCACUGCCACACCACCUACACCUACACCUACUAAAAGACCUACCAAGAAACCCAAGAGACCCAAAACCACACCGGUGCCCAGAGAGCCAAAGACCUCCACAGCCAAGCCCUCCAGGCGCACCACUCCAUCACCUGGUGUCAUCCCGGAUCCAAACAAUGUGAAGCCUGUACUGCGAAACCCAAUUGACCAGGUCAAUGCAUUGGUGGGCACCUAUUUUGAGGUUAAGAUCCCAGUUGACACAUUCUUUGAUAAAGAGGAUGGCACAACAGACAAGCUGCGUCUAACAUUGAGACAGAACCACAAUGAAGUGGUUGGAGAGGGCUCCUGGAUCCAGUUCAACACCACCAGCCAGCUUCUCUAUGGCCUGCCUGAUGUCCAACAUGUGGGAAAACAUGAGUACUUCAUGCAGGCAACUGACAAAGGUGGCCUGAAUGCCAUCGAUGCUUUUGAAGUUCGUGUAAACCGCUGGCCUAUCAAUGAUAAGACCCCUGUGAUCUUCACGGCCCGAUUCGAUGGUGAGCCACGUUCAAUAACAAAUGACAUCCACAAGAAGAUUCUUCUGGUCAAGAAGCUGGCAUAUUCACUGGGAGACCGCAACAGCAGUACAGUCAGUCUAAGAAACAUCACCAAAGGUUCCAUUGUGGUGGAGUGGACGAACACCAGCCUUCCACAGCACCCGUGUCCAAAGGAACAGCUCAAAGCCAUGAGCAAGAUACUCGCCAGUAAUGAUGGAAAACCCUCACAGACCUUCAGGUACUCUAUGGAGCCUGAAUUCAGACCACUGGAUGUCAUGGUCAAAGGAAGGGCAAGCUGCAGAACAACUUCCUUCAUUCCAGAGGGAGAGAUUGAUAUACCAGAACCUCCAGCAGUCACUCCAGCCCUGGGAACAGGCCGACAGAGCACUGAUGAUGUCUAUCUCCACACAGUCAUUCCUGCUGUGGUGGUGGCCGCAAUCUUGUUAAUCGCAGGCAUCAUUGCGAUGAUCUGCUACAGGAAGAAACGGAAGGGAAAACUGACCAUCGAGGACCAGGCCACCUUCAUCAAGAAAGGUGUGCCGAUUAUCUUUGCAGAUGAACUUGAUGACUCUAAGCCGCCUCCAUCUUCCAGUAUGCCCUUGAUUCUACAGGAAGAAAAGCCUCCGCUUCCACCCCCAGAGUACCCAAACAUGGCCACACCAGAGACCACUCCCCUAAACCAGGAGUUGCUGGGAGAGUACACCGCCCUGCGGGACGAGGACCCCAACGCGCCUCCCUACCAGCCACCACCACCCUUCACCACUCCCAUGGAGGGCAAGGGUUCCCGUCCCAAGAACAUGACUCCCUACAGAUCUCCACCUCCCUACGUGCCACCCUAAGACUUGUUUAACCCUCCCCUCGAAGGGUGGAGGGAGAGGAUGCCCGAGGAACUGUGACGGUUUCCAUUCUGGUGUUUGUCUGUCUGGACAUUUACAGGGAGAGAUGACAAGAGGUGCUAAAGUACAAAACAGCUACAGGGGACUUUGGUUUGGGAGGGGGAGUAAUGAGUCGGGUGGGGUUUUACAGUCGACAGAUGGGAUGAUUGGUUGAUACAGCUGGGAGAGACUACUGUUUUAGUGGUAGCCCAGCUACUACAGUGGCCUAAGACAAACAAAUUCUCGUCACAUUGGCUUUUUGAUCGACCAGUUGGUCAGAAGCGAUGAUUGGGAGAUGUGUUCUCCCUUCCCAGCAUUUCAUUUUUUCCUCUGUUGAUUUUCAAUACUGGCUUUUUUUGUUUUGUUGUUUUCUCAUUAUCCGAAAGGUUUUUAUUCAUUUUCUUUCUGGACUGAAUCGUUCACCUAACAACUCUUCUUUUGUCUUGCUUUUAAAUAAUACGAGAAGACAGUGAACUGCCAUCAGACCACUGCAGGCAACAACUCGUGUUUUUUAAUAUGGAGUGAGAUUCUCUGGAUAUGAAAGAAGCUAUCAAGAGGAUCUUGAAUCACCCCUGCAGACGACGCAAGAGAAUGGGAGGCCGAGGUGUGUGUGUGUGUGUGUGUGUGUGUGUGUGUGUGUGUGUGUGCGUGUGUGUGUGCUUGUGUGUGAAUGAGUGGGUGUGUUUAUUCAGAUUCAAUACGGUUUGCCUUUUAACACUAGUUGUCUGUUUCUAUCCUUCUUCACAAUGUCUAGUAAAGAUGAGAAUAACAAGGUAGCCUAUAAAAAGAUUUAGAGAUGAAUAAUAAAUAAUUUGUUUGUUUCAUUGGUUUUAAAAAUUCACUGUAUAUCUGGAAGAUAUUCUGAUAGAUUGUGUUCUAUUUUUUUGGUGGUGGAAGAAAGUGGGAAGGAAGAGGGACUGCCUCGCUGAAAUAACCUGCAGGAGCAUUUUACUCCUGUUUACAUAUAACAAUAUGUCAAUUACAGCCCAUUAGAUUAUAAAAACUCCUUCCUCUCAGCUGCCCUGAUUGCCUCAGCAGAUCUAACGGCUCAAUAAGGUUUAAGCAACAAAAAACUGGGUGGGAUGAGGCUAAUGUGAAACACUACUGUUUUUAUUACUAAAGAGAUUAUCUAACUAAUCUGUAAAUGCAGAUUUUUUUGUAGAUUUGGAUGAAAAAUAUAUAGUUUUAUGCAGAGUUCACCUCAAUUUGGCGCCUUGAGGUGACAAACACCACAGUAAAAAUGAAAUGCCAUUUCUGCCCUUUUAUUCAUUCAUACAUACAACAUGUCCGUCAACAGGAAGGAUCCCAUCAGUUUAUUUUGGACCAGGGAUAAUUAUUUUUUUAUGUAAUGAGGCAGUUCUGCUCUCCAGCCAGAGGAGAAACUUUGUGUGCCAUGGAGACUCUCCCAGAUGGGAUUGUACAGAUAUUCACAUUUUAGAGGUCACAGGGGAGACGAGUGUCUGACGCUGAGGCAGAGAUUCAGAAGGAAGACAGAAGCUUCAAUUUCCAGUAAUUAGCUCACUGAAAAAUUGUCAAUGAAAAUCUCCUUCUAAUUUUUUUACAAAGUUUUUGAUACAGCCUCAAAUCGUUGAUUAUUAAAAGAAAACAUGAUUAAUGAUUAGUCUUCUGUGAUUUGUAAAAUCUUAGCCUAGAAGUUCAGUUAUGAGUCAAUUAUGUACACUUUCUUUUUUUUUGUCAUGGGUCACAUAUUUUAAGUGUUUUCUUUUAUCGUGUGUGUUUGCAUAUCAAAAUGUAUCUCCCACUAUACAAAGACGGAAUGACCGAUAUUUUAUGUAAUCACAAAUUUUAUUUUUUUGUCCUUAUGUUUGCUAAUGAGUUUCAACUGAAAGUGACCCUUUGCAAUAAUAAUGUAAGGCGCAGUCCACUCAGUGACUGGUGGAUGCAGGCUGAAGCGAGUGACUCGUAUUGUCAUAAUAUUGUUGGUUUUUGCAGGAUGCCAAGGCUUUUUUGCUUUUCAAGUGUGCAUUGUCAUAAUAAAACCAACUGGUACGAUAAAAACAAUCACCCUUCUUCAUUCAUGUAUCUGAUUUAACGUUUCUUUGCUGCUUCUGUCGGGAGUUUUUCCGCCAACGAGAAAUAUCUCACCUGUCAUAUUCUCCGCUCAAAACCCGACUGAUGUUUAUGGAUGAGGUUUUUGAUCACUGUCACUUUUCUACUGCUUCCACUUAGCCUUGAAUUGAUAAAUCCAUCAGUCUGAAGUCCACCAGAGGUUUUACCUCUCGAGAUGGCUUGCUGCCUGGCAACCAUCUACAGUCUUUUGGACCCGUUGAAAGAGUCGUACUGCUGUCCUUUUUUUGUACUAAAUUAUUCUGCUACUGAAUGACUAGUUGGACAAUUCAGUGUGAAAGCUCUGCCCAUUAAAAAGGCUACGCUGUGAAAACA